UGCUUCCAAGAAGCUUGGAAUCAAUAAGAAGAAGGGAGGCAACGCAAUCGAUCGGGGCGUUUCAUAUUCAACUCGUCUGUGCUGCUAGGAAACGCGUGAAGGAUCUGACUAUUUGUUCAUGGUAGGGGAGAUAUUUGAGGCAGUUUCACUCCGACCAGCAGUCAUGGUAGUCAAUACAGCCGGCAUCGCGGCCGUGGCCGUUUUUUACUUGGUGAUUCUUUUCGUCGGGAUGUUGGCCGCUUGGAAACAACGGAAAGCUGGACGAGGAACGAGCAACCCUGAAGAAAACAUCAUGUUGGCAAAAAGGGAUCUAGGACUCUUCGUUGGAGUCCUAACAAUGACAGCGACUUGGGUUGGAGGUGGAUAUGUAAACGGAUCGGCGGAAGCUGUGUUUAGUAAUGGGAUCGUUUGGUGCCAGACACCGUUUGGUUACUCACUUGCACUGAUUCUUGGUGGGCUCUUCUUCGCCAAACCUAUGAGAGAGAAAGGUUACGUCACGAUGCUCGAUCCGUUUCAGAUCAAAUACGGGCUUAACAUUGGUGGAAUACUUUUCCUGCCGGCACUUUUCGGAGAGACGAUCUGGACUGCAUCCAUUCUAUCUGCUCUAGGAUCGACAUUGUCUGUUAUUCUGGAUAUGGACAACAAUUUGGCCGUUUUAUCCAGCGCUGCCGUAGCUGUUAUUUACACUUUCUUUGGUGGCAUGUAUAGCGUAGCCCUGACAGAUGUUAUACAACUCUUUUUUAUCCUUUUCGGAUUGGUUUUGUGCAUUCCAUUCGCCUGGAUGCAUCCAGCUGUCAAUCAAGAAGGUUUAGUUAAUCAAGAUUGGCUGGGCUACGUAGAGCCUUCAAGUUCGGGAAUCUUUGUCGAUAACUAUUUACUGCUCAUCUUCGGUGGAAUUCCUUACCAGGCUUAUUUCCAACGAGUAUUAUCGGCCAAAACCUCAAGACAAGCUCAAUGGCUCUCAUACAUAGCUGCUCUGCUAUGCACCUUAUUGUCGAUUCCAUCCAUACUGCUGGGAGGAAUCGCUAAAAACACAGAUUGGCUCAACGGUACCGAAUACGGGGCGAGUUUAACAUCCCCCGAUCAAAUCAAACAAGUUCUACCUCUAGUUCUCAAUUAUUUAACUCCGCAGUGGGUUUCCUUCUUCGGACUCGGCGCCGUCUCAGCGGCCGUCAUGUCUUCGGCAGAUUCUUGUAUCCUCUCAGCUUCUUCUAUGUUCACUCACAACAUUUACAAGGCCAUCGUUUUUCCUUCGGCUAGCGGAUCUCAUCUGAUGAUUGUCUUGCGCGUAUCAAUCCUAGCCGUGGCGGCCAUCGCUUCCCUAUUGGCUAUCAGCAUAAACAGCAUUUACGGCCUUUCGUUACUCUGCUCAGACAUGGUUUACGUAUUGCUGUUUCCUCAAUUGCUGUUGGUCAUCCAUGCCGAGUCGAGGUGUAACAAAUACGGUUGCGUCACUUCAUUCAUGAUUGGUCUCGUCCUGCGAAUUCUCAGUGGUGAAGAGCUACUCGGAUUGCCGACCGUCAUCCAGUUUCCGUUUUUCAGCAACGGCCAGCAACAAAUCCCCUUUCGCACGAUCAUCAUGGUGCUCACGCUCGUCCUUCAUCUAGGAGUCUCGUUCAUCACCGAGCAAUGCUUCACCAAAGGAUGGCUUCCGCCGAAAUUCGACUUUCUCCACUGCUACCACAGUCCAUUGGAGAUGACGUAUCAGCCGGAGGAAACCUCGCCGGAAGAAUUGCAUUUCCAGUUCAUGACCAAUGGAAAACUCGAGUCGGUUACGCCACUGCCAGAGGCGGAAUUGCCUGGAUUGGAGGCUAACCUGGAUUCCAUGUUAGACAUGUGGAAUCCCAAAAGUAACUUGCCAUCCAUUCCGGUUCGAACUUCAGUCUCCGAUUUAUCAGCGGAAUCUGAAAAGAAAAAUAAUGAACAAAUGUUUAAACAUUGCUAACUGAAUUAUGUGUAACAAAGUGCGGGACCACUUAUUUGGUUUUAUCUACUAAUUCACAUUUCUGAAAAAAAAAAAAAUUACUGUGAAUAAUAUUUUCGAGAAGAAAGGUGAUAUUUUCAUUGUUUGUUUGAAAUGACGUGCACGCCGUAUUUUAAUAAGCGACACUAAAGAAUACAAUUUUCUCAAUUUUGUUUCAAA